AUGGGUAGUCUUAUUUCCCUUGAACUUAUUAACGUUGAACUACAAUUUAUUUCCGAGCCUGAUAACUACAAUUGGCUUAACUGGAAUUUGUUGGCUUUUGUUCUGCCAAUCUUUGCCAUCAUUUUAAUUUUAAUUAUUUGCUUAAUCAAACAACACCACCCAAAACGAAACACUCAACGGUGGACACCUCCGCCGACUUUUCUCGUAAUUUUGUUAUUUAUCCUUAUCGCUCUUGUUAGCGACACUAACUCAUUUCCAGGCCGUAAAUCUCCGUUGCGGAAGAAACCCCCUCUUUUUAAACGCCUAGGAAAACCUAUUGCUAAAGGUACUAUUCCAAUUUUAGCCACCUCAGCUGUUUAUCUAGGUUUCGAAUCCUUCGCCCAAUUUUUAACUGAACAUCCCGACCUUUCGGUAGCGGUUCUAUCCGUUUUCGGCUGCCUGUCCGUCCUUGUAUUACUGUUAAUAGUAAAAGUAGCCAUCUUCCUAUUCCAUUUGUUCAAGGGCAAAAACGCCCGACCGCAACCUCCUAUUGAAUUACAAGACUUAAAUUCCAACAUUCAGGAGCUCGUUAACCGUUCCAACCCACGACACUAA